AAGGAUCAACUGCUUCAGUAGAACUCCUUGUGGAUAAAGAAGUACUACUGAUUUUGUAACUGAAGAUAGUGACUUUCAGCACUAUCAGGUCCAUAUUCUUUAAACAGAUAUAGAGUGGGAGUAUACAGACAACAAAAUUCUGCCACCCAGCCGUUUACUGGUAUAAUUACUCACCAUGACCUCUUCACCCACAACAUGAUUGUUAUGAAUGACCAGGUACUAGAACCACAGAAUGUCGAUCCUUCUAUGGUUCAAAUGACCUUUAUCAAUGAUGUUCACUCUCUAUUGAAAGAAGAAGAUAUUGGCAUCACUUCACGCCGUAGGUCUUGUUCUACUCAAAGUAGCACCGCUGUUCAUGGUCAUUAUACACGUGCUCAAGCAAGUAGUCCAAGGCCAGCUAUGAACUCGCAGGCUGCAGCACCCAAACAGAAUCCACACCAGCAGCAACAGCGAAGCAUUCACCUGAACCAGAGGAAGGGCUCAGAUAGUAGUGUGCCAGAUGAAGAGAAGAUGAAGGAAGAGAAAUGUGAUUAUCUAGGCCGUGGAGAAAAUCUUAAAAGCAAAAACAAACAUUUUCUUAAUAAAAGAAGAAAAAUUGAAGACGAUGAAAAGAAGCUAAAUAUAAAAAGACUACGAACAGACAAUGUAUCAGACUAUUCUGAGUGCAGCGACUCAGAAAAUUCUAAUAAAAGAAUGACAGAGUCAUCUUCUGAGCAGAGUGCCGAAAAUGAGAUGAAGAACAAAAGCACUUCGAAGAUCAAUGGAGACGAAGGAAAGUCACAGCGUAGUGAAGGAGCAGAGGAGCAAGCAACAAAGAGUCAGUCUCCCUGGGCUCAGAUACAAGAAGAUAAGAAACAUGAAGAUGUGGAAAGUCUCAAGUCACCUGCCCUCGAGCCCCAUGGAAAGCCUCUUCUUGGGGCCACAGAAGAAGUUCUGUUUUAUGAUCCAAAUACCAAUGAUUUACAUAUUCAAGAUUGCAAAGCAGAGAAGUCACAUACUCUGGAAUUACUACCAAAGGAGCAAUUUGUGUCGGGACCACCUACACCGAAAUGUGUUAUUGACAUUACAAAUGAAACCAAUUCAGAAAAGGUGGUUCAGGAAAACUCCACAAGGACCUUUGGUUUUCAGACCUUUCAGAAAAUAGAGCCUCAUAGUAGUGACUCAAAGCUUUUGUUUAGCAAUGCAAAAUAUUUAGAAACAAGAAAGCAGGAUACUGAACAGAGCUGGGUUAGUAGCAUUGUCAACAAAGUGGAUUUAGCCUCAUCUGGGGUUCUGAAUCCUUUAUCAAUGAAUGAGCAUCUGAAUGCCGAAAAAGAGAAAAACCCAUUUGCACCCUAUCUCUCUUCAUUAAAUGUUGCUUCUCUAACUGAGGAUAACAAAUUGCAUAAACCAAGUCCGCCCACUGAGGGCCUGAAGUCCAAAUUCAGUUCUUCAGCAGAUGCACCCAAACCAAAAGCUAAUUCCUUACUUGAUGCUGUUCAACCCAAACUCACUCAUUCUCCUGAUUCUGGGAAGUCUAAGACCAGUUACUCAAACAGUAGUCACACCACUGGAGAGAGACGGUUGGCAAAUAAAACAGAGCAUGAUUUACCAAGAUCUAGUUUUCAUCCAGUUCCCACUCGUGUCAGUGCAUUAGAAACUACCAAGAGCCCUCUUAUCAUUGAUAAAAAUGAGCAUUUUACAGUUUACAGAGAUCCUGCGCUUAUUGGGCAAGAGACAGGAACAAAUCACAUUUCACCGUUCUUAAACCAGCACACUUACCCUAUUCAUUCUUCAUCCCAUAGAACUUGCCUCAAUCCAAACUCUCAUCACCCCACUUUAACUGCCACUCCCCAUUUGUUGGCUGGCUCUUCAACCCAAACCCCUUUGCCUCCGAUUAGCAGUCAUCCUCUGAACAGUGCCCCUCACCCCUCUGUUCAUCACCCUCAUUUGCUUCCUACAGUGUUACCUGGAGUGCCUCCAGCCUCCUUACUAGGCGGCCAUCCACGACUAGAGGCUGCUCAUGCCAGCAGCUUGAGCCACUUAGCCCUAGCCCACCAGCAGCAGCAGCAGAUGUUACAGCACCCGUCACCUCACCUUCUGGGACAAGCACACCCUCCUGCUUCCUAUAAUCAGCUCGGACUCUACCCAAUUAUCUGGCAGUAUCCUAACGGGACACAUGCCUACUCAGGACUUGGCCUGCCCUCUUCUAAGUGGGUCCACCCAGAAAAUCCAGUUAAUGCCGAAGCCUCCAUACGGAGGAAUACUCCCAGUCCUUGGUUACAUCAACCCACCCCUGUGACCUCUGCUGAUGGUCUUGGGUUACUGAGUCACAUUCCUGUCAGGCCAUCCAGUGCAGAUCCUCAUCGGCCCCUUAAAAUGACAGCUCAUUCUAGUCCACCGUUGUCCAAAGCGCUAGUAGACCAUCACAAAGAAGAAUUGGAGAGGAAAGCUUUUAUUGAACCCCUCAGGACUGUUGCUUCUACCCCAGCCAAGAAUGAUCUGGAUCGAAUCCCAGCUGGAAAGGACAGUCACUUACACAGACAUUUUGUGGAUCCAAUGAUGAGUCAGUUACAGAGGGCCCCCCAGGAGAGUGGUGAGAGGCUGAGCAAGUACAAAGAGGAGCACCGUAGAGUUCUCCAAGAAAGUCUUGAUGUCGCCCCCUUUACCACAAAGAUGAAGCCCCUUGAGGGGGAGAGGGAAAGUUAUUCCAGAAUGACACCUUUAUCAUCCUCAAGCCCCAAAAGCCACCCCAUUAAACAAGACAAAGAUGUGGACCGCUCUGUGUCAGAACUUUACAAAAUGAAGCACUCGGUGCCUCAGAGUUUACCACAAAGUAACUACUUCACCACCAUCUCCAACAGUGUUGUCAAUGAACCUCCACGAUCAUUUCCAUCCAAAGAAGUCUCUAGUCUAUACGCUGAUAAACAGAGUAACAGCCCUUCAACCGGAGCCAGUCCUCAAACUCUGACUUCAUUUAUUUCAUCCCUUUCAAAGCCCCCACCUUUAAUCAAGCAUCAACCUGAAGGGGAAAGCAUAGGAAGCAAGGUGGCAGAACAGCUUCCUCAACAAAUGCCUUCUCACUCUAUAACUGCUUUUAGAAAUGACUGUAGGAGUCCUACCCAUCUGACAGUUUCUUCAUCAAAUACCAUCCGGAGUAUGCCUGCAUUACACAGAGCACCCGUUUUUCACCCACCAAUUCAUCCCAGUUUGGAUAGAAAGGAAAGCACCUAUAGCAGCCUUUCACCUCCAACCUUAACUCCAGUUCUGCCAGUAAAUGCUGGUGGAAAAGUCCAGGAAUUGCAGAAACCUCCAACUCUUGUUCCCGAGCCAAAAGAUGCUCAGACCACUUACAAGAAUGCCUCUGAGCACAGUUUGUCAGAAAUGUGGAGGUCGAAUAAUGCCCUUGGCAGUGAGAAAGCCAACUGGCCUGUGGAGAGAGGCAGCGGAAAGUCCCCGGCCGCCACAGCUUCUGUCAUCGUACGUCCCCCUUCGAGUGUCAAGUUUGAGAGUGUGCCGGCAGUGCAGACGGCUCCCAGGGAUCGAGGGACGGAGAGAUCGUCUACUGGGACAAGUUCAACAGAUGGCUGGAAACCAGCCGAAGCCAGAGAGCCCGGGAGAGUCAUUCUUCCCAAUUCUAACUCGGCUGCUCCUCACAGCCAGUAUGAAAAGAACUUGGAGGCUGUCUCCCAGGGCAGCGUGCCCAGCUCCAUCAUCAUGCCUGCAGCCACCAGUCUGAUGUGCAGCACCAAAACGGACGUGACCUCAGCUGCUGCCACCACGACCAGUGCCUCCAGCUGGGGGGGGUCCGAAGUAACAUAUUCCCUAUCAAGUACAGUUCUGACCGCCACGACUUUACAGUGUAUUUCCCCAAGGAGCGUUGGCCAGCCAUCGACCCACACCCAGGAGUGCAAAGUUAGCACCACAGCCCCGAGUACCACAGCCAGUAGCAAGACAAGCAGAGUAGCCCAGCCCAGCUCUGGCUUCUCCAACACGGCUGACUUUAUCCACUUAAAAAAACAUAAAGCUGCACUGGCUGCAGCUCAAUUUAAAAGUGGGAAUGCUAGUGAAGCUGAGCCCAAUACUGGGAGAAGCCAGGCAUGCUCUGCUCCCAUUCCCCUUGAGAGUACUGCCACCUGCAGUACACCCAACAAGGCCCACACUGCAGGCAGUGGGCAGAACUCCCAGACAAGUCAGCCUAAUUACCACACAAAGCUGAAAAAGGCCUGGCUCACUAGACACUCGGAGGAAGAUAAAAACACUAACAAGAUGGAAAAUUCAGGGAGCACUGUGUCAGAGAUCAUUAAGCCAUGUUCAGUUAAUUUGAUAGCCUCCACAUCGAGUGAGAUCCACAACAGUGUGGAGGGCAAGGGCCUAGGAGAUAAGCCUGCAAAAGAUGACAGAGCCAGCAGGAGGAAGGCGAAAAGGGCUUAUGAGUCUGGCUCUGAGAGUGGAGGAGACUCGGAUGGAAGUGAGAGCAAGGCUGAACAGAGGACCAAACGCCAGCCCAAACCAACAUACAAAAAGAAGCAAAACGACUUGCAGAAGAGAAAGGGUGAGCUUGAAGAAGAAGCAAAACCCAAUGGAGUUCUUAGCAGGAGUUCCCGAGAGAAGAGCAAACUUAAGCUGCCAAGCAGCAGCAACACUGGCAUUCCUCGUUCAGUAUUAAAAGACUGGCGUAAAGUGAAAAAGUUGAAACAGACCGGGGAGUCCUUUUUACAGGAUGACUCCUGCUGUGAGAUAGGGCCCAAUUUGCAGAAGUGCAGAGAAUGCAGACUUAUUCGAAAUAAAAAAGGGGAAGAACCAACUCACUCACCAGUGUUUUGUAGAUUUUACUACUUCCGACGAUUGUCUUUCAGUAAAAAUGGAGUGGUUAGAAUAGAUGGUUUCUCUUCUCCUGACCAGUAUGAUGAUGAAGCUCUGAGUUUAUGGACACAUGAAAAUUACGAUGAUGAUGAACUAGACUUAGAGACUUCUAAAUAUAUCUUGAAUAUUAUUGGUGAUAAGUUUUGUCAGUUAGUAACAUCAGAGAAAACAGCUUUGUCCUGGGUGAAAAAGGAUGCCAAAAUCGCCUGGAAGAGAGCAGUGAGAGGUGUCCGUGAGAUGUGUGACGCAUGUGAAGCCACACUGUUUAAUAUCCACUGGGUCUGCCAGAAAUGUGGGUUUGUGGUCUGCUUAGACUGCUAUAAAGCAAAGGAAAGGAAAAGCUCAAGAGAUAAAGAGCUCUAUGCUUGGAUGAAAUGUGUCAAGGGACAACCUCAUGAUCACAAACACUUGAUGCCAACUCAAAUCAUACCAGGCUCUGUUUUGACAGAUCUUCUAGAUGCAAUGCACAAUCUUAGAGAAAAAUUCGACAUUGAAUCUCAUUGUCAUUGUACUAACAAACAAAGCAUACAAGUUGGGAAAAUUCCUGCAAUGAAUGGAGUGUCUCAAGUUUUGCAGAAUGUUCUUAAUCACAGUAAUAAAAUUUCUCUGUGCAUGCCUGAGUCUCAGCAACAGAAUUCCCCUCAAAAGUCUGAGACUAAUGGUAAUACCAGCCCAGGGAGUGAUGUAAGCACAGACAGCAAGCUAACUCCUCCAGAAUCCCAGUCCCCACUACACUGGCUAGCAGAUCUUGCUGAACAAAAAGCCAGAGAAGAAAAGAAAGAAAACAAAGACUGUCCUCUUGGAAAACACAUGAAAGAAGAAAGAGAUCAUGAUGCCACCGAUUCUCCAAAUGGCAAAACUUCACCUGCAGUGUCCCAGAAUAACGAACAAGGAUCCACCUUACGGGACUUGCUGACCACCACAGCAGGCAAACUGCGUCUGGGCUCUACAGACGCAGGCAUCGCUUUUGCUCCAGUUUAUUCUACAGGAGCCCCAAGUGGCAAAAGUGGAAGGACUGUGCCGAACAUCCUUGAUGACAUCAUUGCUUCAGUUGUAGAAAACAAGAUUCCACCAAAUAAAACCUCAAAGAUAGAGAAGGAGGAGGAAAAGGAGGAGGAGGAGGUGAAGGUGAAGACUGUCCUGGAUGAAGGUGAUCAUUUGUCUGAGAAUGUGCCCCACUCAUGGAUGUGCGAGAAACAUGUCUUAUGGUUGCAAGAUCACAAGAAUAAUGACAACUGGAAGCUUUUCAAACAGUGCUGGAAACAAGGACAGCCAGUAGUGGUUUCUGGCGUGCACAAGAAAAUGAACAUCAGCUUGUGGAAAGCAGAGUCAAUUAGUCUUGACUUUGGAGACCACCAAGCAGAUCUCCUGAACUGCAAAGACAGCAUAAUUUCAAAUGCCAACGUUAAAGAAUUCUGGGAUGGUUUUGAAGAUAUUUCAAAACGGCAAAAAAUUAAAAGUGGAGAAACGGUUGUUUUAAAAUUGAAAGACUGCCCUUCAGGAGAAGACUUCAAAACUAUGAUGCCAGCAAGAUAUGAAGAUCUGUUUAAAAGCCUGCCACUGCCAGAAUACUGUAAUCCUGAAGGAAAAUUUAAUUUGGCCUCCCAUUUGCCGGGGUUUUUUGUUCGUCCAGAUCUAGGACCUAGGCUGUGUAGUGCAUAUGGUGUGGCUGCUGCUAAGGAUCAUGAUAUAGGAACAACAAAUCUCCAUAUCGAAGUUUCUGAUGUUGUUAACAUUCUAGUUUAUGUUGGCAUAGCCAAAGGAAAUGGAGUCCUCUCAAAAUCAGGAAUACUCAAGAAAUUCGAGGAAGAAGACCUGGAUGAUCUUUUGAGGAGAAGGCUGAAGGACUCAACGGAAACUCCCGGUGCUCUGUGGCACAUCUACGCAGGCAAGGAUGCAGACAAGAUAAGGGAGUUUCUUCAGAAGAUUGCAAAAGAACAAGGCCUUGAAGUUCUACCAGAGCAUGACCCAAUCCGUGACCAGAGUUGGUAUGUGAACAAAAAACUCCGCCAAAGACUGCUUGAAGAAUAUGGAGUUAAAACAUGCACUGUUGUCCAGUUUCUUGGUGAUGCGAUUAUCUUACCAGCUGGUGCACUUCAUCAGGUGCAGAAUUUCCACAGCUGCAUUCAGGUGACUGAAGACUUUGUGUCUCCGGAACAUCUUGUACAAUCAUUUCACUUAACCCAGGAACUGAGGCUGCUGAAGGAAGAAAUCAACUAUGAUGAUAAACUGCAGGUCAAAAAUAUCUUGUACCAUGCAGUCAAGGAAAUGGUGAGAGCUUUGAAGAUCCGUGAAGACGAAAUGGAGGAUCUAGAGGAGAACUGAGUGCCCUUCGAUUGGAUUGGGGCUCCUCAGCCCCACGUGAAGAUCCGUCCGCACAUUGACCAGCAGGGCCAAGGAAAGCCAUUUGGAAUGUUUGCUGGUGACUGGUGCCACAGCAGUACAGGUCCACGGGUCACAGUUACUGUGAUUUAAUGUUAGUUAUAAAGACAAAGGCAGCCCUCUGCUGCCAUCUCUGUAUUAUAGUGUACAUGGAGUUUGUGAAAAUGUCAGAUUUAAAAUGAUGUAUUUAUUUUUGGAAAAAAAAAAAACAAAAUUCUAUGCUAUAUUGUUGAUCAGAUGUAAAUGUGAUCUUGUACAGUUUGCUAAAAUAACUGAUAUUUUUCACUACAUUGAGACAGUUACUGUGAGAGUAGUACACAAACACCAGCUAUUGCCUGCAUUUGGGAAAUUGCUGAAUCGCACAGCGGUCAUGUCAUAAUCUGAAAUUUACUGCCAAAUAAAUGUAAAGUUUGUAAAAUACAAAGUAUAUAAAGUAGAUAUUAAAGACAGACACUUCAAUACUUUAUUGAAGCUAUUCAGUGUACAAUUAAACAUUUUCAAAAGGUGUAAUUUAUUUAAAAUUGUCUCAUUUUGGUAAAAUUUAUGUGGAACUUUUAAAGCUUAAUAUUAAACUUAAUAUGCUAUGUAAAUAUAUACAUAUAUACAUUCAAUGAUGUAUUUUUUUAAAACAUUGGCUUGCUUUAUUUGUUAAAAAAAAGUGCAAGUGUUACACAUGGCUUUGUACAUUGAAGUUGAAAGGGGUUUUACAUUUUCCAUUAAAAUGACUUUAUCAAAUGUUGGCUUGCUGUCUGUUUCUCCAGUCUGUGCCCCGGAUGGCGGAAGGGGCUUUCUUGAGACUGGGCUCUGCUUUCAUUUCCAUAGCUUUGCCCUCUCCGGUUUUCUUGUGAACCUUCAGACAGUCUUGGAGCCAGACUAGUCGCCCAUUUGCAUAGAACCACAUGACGAAGAAUAUGGUUCGUUUUGCCCUUUUUUUUUAAUCUAUAGGAAAACUUUAAUUGGCAAGGGAGUCAUUUCUAAAACAUUCAUAUGUGAGAAUAAAAUGGAAUCUGAAA